CUUCUUCUUCGUCGUCCGAACAGAGUACAAGUUCGCCGACGUCACUGUCUUCUUCUUCUUCCUCUUCUUCCUUACUUAGUUCCGCAGCUGCUGAAGAAGAUGCAGAGUGAUCAAUCUCACGAGCUUGCUACUGGAAUGUCCGAGGAGGAUUCCAAGGAAAAAAUGAAGAAUCAAAAGGCUGAUAGGAAGAAAAAGAAGUUGAAAGAGAAAUUGCUUAAGGAAGCUUCUAAGGCUGACAAUAGAGGGGUUUGCUACUUAAGUCGCAUCCCACCACACAUGGAUCAUGUUAGACUUCGCCAGAUUCUCUGUCAAUUUGGAGAACUUGGAAGGAUUUAUCUUGCACCUGAAGAUCCUGAAGCACAAGUGCAUCGCAAGAAGGCUGGUGGAUUUCGGGGGCAAUUGUUUUCUGAAGGGUGGGUGGAGUUUGCGAAGAAAAGAGUAGCUAAGCGGGUUGCAGAUAUGCUGAAUGGAGAACAAAUUGGAGGAAAAAAGAAGUCAUCGAUAUACUAUGAUAUUUGGAACAUCAAAUACUUGACCAAAUUUAAAUGGGAUGAUCUCACUGAAGAAAUCGCAUACAAAAGUGCAAUACGGGAACAGAAAUUAAAUAUGGUACUUUCUGCUGCAAAGAGAGAGAAGGACUUUUAUCUUUCUAAAGUAGAGAAGUCGCGUGCCAUGACCGAGAUAGAUGCACGAAUGGAAAAGAAACGAAAGAUUCAGGAAGAAUCAGGUAGCAAUGCUGAAGCAGGGCCAGUCUUUCCACAGAGGGUGAUUCGCCAGUUUAGACAGAAGAAAUCGAUUAAAAAUGAGACAUCUCAGAGCAAGCCUGGGCUCUCCACGGAUGUCCUAGCAUCGGUAUUCGGCGGUUCUUAAAGAUUAAGAGGCAUGUGAAGACACUACGAAGCACGAAUUGAUCAUAGCUAAAUGGGGAAAUUAGUGAUUAGUUCCAUUAUAUAUGAAUGUCAUUCACCAUUAGUUUCUCCAUGUCAACAGAGAAAGAACCUUCACAUAUACUUCUAGCAUUGUGUAGUAAUGAGAGCAUUAAACAAAUUUCGAAACUUCUGUAUUCUCUCUUAACAAUCUUUUUUUCCAAGUA